GUAUCCAUAGACAUAAGUUCUAUGGUCAUAUUACAAUUUACAAUUAUUUCUAAUCAUAAAUUCAUAAAUUCGUGGGAUCUUCAUGGUUCAUUUCAUAGUGCUUCGUAAAUUGUAACUCGUCAAUCGUCAUACGAAUAUUUUACGUGUAUACGAUUUUCAUUUUUUAGUAGAAUUAGUCUAUUACUUAAACUCUGUUUAGAGUUUUAGACCAUUCAAAAGUCUGCGCAUUAUAAUUUUAUAAUUACAAACGUAAUCAUGAAAUAUAACACUGUUUGAAUAUUAUGUAGCCCCUCGGCCAAUACUCAAUUCAGUGGUACUUAUCAAUAUUAACACAAUUUCUUGUCUGCUGCAAAUAAAUGGAUCCUCUCAGUGACGAUACUAUCCCAUUUGGAGAGGAGAACAUAGAAAAUUCUUCACAAUUACCGCAUCCAUAUGUAACAUUUUUUCAUUUGUUCUUCAGAGUGUCUGCUGUUGUCAUCUAUUUUUUCGGAAGAUUAUUUACUGAAAGCUUUAUCACAUUAUUUGUUCUUAUAAUUUUAUUAUUAUCCAUGGACUUUUGGAUUGUGAAAAACAUAACAGGUCGUAUUAUGGUCGGACUGAGGUGGUGGAAUUAUGUAGAUGAUGAUGGUGUUUCGCAUUGGGUUUAUGAAUCAAAAAAGGGAUCUGUGCAGCAUCGAGUAAAUUCUAGUGAAUAUAGAAUAUUUUGGGCUGGACUAUGGUCUAUCACUGGAAUGUGGAUUUUAUUCUUUAUCACAUCAUUAUUUAGCAUCAAUUUUAAAUGGAUGUUAUUGGUCUGCAUAGCGUUGACUUUGAACAUUGCAAAUUUAUAUGGUUAUAUAAAGUGUAAAGGAGGAAAUCAAGAAAACUUGGGAAUUUCUUCAAUGGCCAGUAGUUUUAUUUUUCAAAAUAUUGGAAAAGUAAGAGAUACAAUGUCAAACUUAAAUAACCCUCCAAGCAAUACACCGAAUUUAAAGCCAACUGGUAUUGUUUAGUAUUAAAAAAUAUAUGGAUUGUUACUUUAACUGUAUGGUUAAUUUAAAUUAUA